AUGCAAAAAUCCUAACUUAAAUAUGCUAAAACACCGCAAUAUCUAAGAAGAAGCUCAUUGAAUUCAUAAAAUUCAUAGAGCCCUAAAAAGAAAGCAAAUUAAACCCAAGACCAGAUGACUGGCAGCCAACUGCAAUUAGAAAUGUCGAAAUCAUAAUAAUCAUUUCGUAGUUCUAAUAGUCCUGUUGGUCAUUGCCAGUCUGUGAGGUGAGAUAUGCGUCAAUAAUUAGCUCUAAAACAUUUCCAUAUCCUCCUUCCCCAACUAGAACUUUGUAAAAAAGACCUUCUCAAAUCAUAUCAAAGUAAUAACUUCAAUCUAUGCAUGAACGAUCGAUCAUUAAAAUGUUAGGACUCAAAAUGGAAGCUAUCUGUACCAAAAGUUCUCAUGAGAAGAAUAAGAUGGUCUUCAUUUGUUAAUAUCCAAACUGCGAAGCCGAUAAUAGAUUAGGUUGUUCCUAUUGUCAAAUUGAAUAACAUGGCAAUCAUGCAUCUCAAAAUAUGGAAAUCUAAACAUUUUGCAAAAUAUUUGAUGACAGACGACAAUAAGUAAAUACAAUAUAUGAUCAUAUAUUAGUUUGACGAUCUCUGUAAUUAAAUCAUGCGAGUUCCUGAUAAAAUUACUUAAGUAAAAACCUUUUUUGAAAAAUUGAGAAUAAAUGUUUAAGAAAGACUAUAAUAGAUAGAAGAAAAUGUAAUCAAAUCAAUUGAUGAGGAAUUAUCUUGGCAACCCUUAGAAAGAGAUCUUCAAAAUAGAGUAAAUUACUUGAGCAGCAAAAAUAUCUUUGACAUGACCUAAGAAGAACUUACAGAGAGUUUAAGUUUUAUUUAAGGUAAACAUCUGUCUGAAGUUGAAUACAUUAUUAUCGAAUCUGAAAAGUUCCUUACAUCAAAAGGUGAAUAAGUUCAACAAUCUUGGAAUGAUUUCAGAGAACAACUGGAAUUUGAAUUAAACACAGCCUUAGGAGACAAUAACAAUAUUUAAAUUAUUGAUUCAAAAUAAAGAAAAGAAUAUGCAUAAUAAAAACUCUAGAUUUUAGCAUAAAAACAGGAAAAGUAUCUUGAACAAUUCAAACCUUUUUAAUUAAUAAUGAAUGAAGUUUAAGAGGAAGAAAGAAAGAUUGAAGUUCAGAAAUAAGAGGAAGCUAAAAAAUAGACUGAAAUUUAGAAAUAACAAUUAAUUCAAAUGAAAAAAGAGUAAAAAUAAAGAGAACUAGAAUAAAUCAAAUUAAAAGAAGAGUAGAAGAAAAAAGAGAAAGAACUUGAAAGAGAAAAACAAUUAAGAACGUUUCCACACACUUUAUACACUUAAGAUUGUCCUCACAGAUUACCUUGCAACACCAUUCCAAUUUUCUCUUGUUGUAACAAAGCUUAUCCUUGCACAUAAUGUCAUGGUUAUUAAUUUCAUCCCCCUAGAAUCUCAAUCCCAAGUUAUAGAUAUUGCAUGAAUUGUUUAGAAAUCUACUUGGUAGUUUUUCCAACAAAUCAAUCAGUUAAUUGUCUUAAGUGUCAAAUUUAAUAAUCAUGA